AUGGAUACAUUCGAUGUUCUGGCGAAUCAGCCAAUAGUGAUCGACAAUGGUUCCGGUGUGAUUAAAGCCGGAUUCGCUGGUGACCGUAGUCCGAAGAGCGUUUUUCCCAACUACGUGGGACGCGUCAAACACGUACGGGUGAUGGCCGGAGCCCUGAGCGACGAUGUCUUUGUAGGUCAGAAAGCGGUAGAGUACCGUGGUCUAUUAAACAUUCGGUACCCGAUGGAGCACGGCAUCAUAACGGACUGGAACGACAUGGAGCUGGUGUGGCAGUUUCUGUACAGCAAGGACCAACUGCAGACGUUUCCGGAAGAGCACCCAGUUCUGUUGACAGAAGCGCCGGUCAACCCAAGAAAGAAUCGCGAGAAGGCAGCCGACAUCUUUUUCGAGACUUUCAAUGUUCCCGCUUUGUUCAUCUCUGUUCAGGCGAUCCUGAGUCUUUACUCAACAGGAAGAACAACGGGUGUGGUUCUGGACUGCGGUGACGGCGUCACGCAAGCGGUGCCGAUCUUCGAAGGUUUCGUGAUACCGCACAGCAUCAUGCGGUCAAAUAUCGCCGGCCGUGACGUCACUCGUUUUCUCCGUUUCCUUUUACUGAAGGAAGGCAUCGACCUGCAUCGCAGUUGUGAACUGGAGCUGCAUCGCACAAUCAAGGAGAAAGUGUGUUUCCUAUCGACCAAUCCGAACCGGGACGAAUCUCUGGAAAACGAAAAGAUAUCAUAUACUUUGCCGGACGGAAGCGUCGUCGAAAUAGGUCCGGCUCGUUUUCGAGCGCCUGAGGUACUCUUUCGAUCGGAUUUGAUCGGUGAGGAAUACGAUGGUGUGCACGAAUGUCUGAUCGGCAGCGUACAAAAGUCUGAUAUUGAACUACGCAAGACCCUUUACCAGAAUAUAGUGUUAUCCGGCGGCAGCACGAUGAUUCACGGCUUCGGUGAUCGUCUUCUAAACGAGGUAAAGAAACUCGCUCCGAAAGAUAUCAAAAUCAAGAUCUUUGCUCCGCAAGAGCGACAGUAUUCGACUUGGAUCGGUGGCUCGAUUUUAGCCAGUCUAGACACGUUCCGAAAGAUGUGGGUAUCCAAGAAGGAAUACGAGGAAGAAGGCCCUCGGGUGAUUCACAGAAAGUUCUUCUGA